AUGCCUCGUGCCCCAAGAACUUACUCCAAGGUUUACUCUGUGCCAAAGCAGCCAUACGAGUCUGCUCGUUUGGAUGCUGAGUUGAAGUUAGCUGGUGAGUACGGUCUCAAGAACAAGAGAGAGAUCUACAGAAUUGGUUUCCAAUUGUCUAAGAUCAGAAGAGCUGCUCGUGACUUGUUGACCAGAGACGACAAGGAUGAGAAGAGAUUGUUCGAAGGUAACGCUUUGAUCAGAAGAUUGGUGAGAGUCGGUGUCUUGCCAGAGGACAAGAUGAAGUUGGAUUACGUCUUGGCCUUGAGACCAGAGGACUUCUUGGAGAGAAGAUUGCAGACCCAGGUGUUCAAGUUGGGUCUUGCCAGAUCUAUCCACCACGCCAGAGUGUUGAUCACCCAGAGACACAUUGCCGUUGGUAAGCAGAUUGUCAACGUUCCUUCCUUCAUGGUGAGAUUGGACUCCCAGAAGCACAUUGACUUUGCUCCUAACUCCCCAUACGGUGGUGGCAGACCUGGUAGAGUGAAGAGAAGAAACCAGAACAAGAACGCUGAAGGUGCCGAGGAGGAAGAGGAGUAA